UGGAUGGUAGCGUAAUAUAGUAAUAUUUGUUCAGCUGCACAAUUCUUGUGAGAUCACCAUGAAUCAUUUAUUAUUUUCCCGUUUUGGGACAAGAAAACUCUUCAAACAAUUCUUACAUCUGUCCUCGAGGAAAUACUGCGUCUCCAGAACAUCCUUAAUGGCGCAGAAAGAGAUUUUAGACGCGACACAAGCAAAACUUUUGGAAGAGAAGUGCAUUCUCGUAGACGAGAAUGAUUUUGUUCAAGGCUGUKCUACCAAGUUAGAAUGUCAUCUAAAGAAAAAUAUCCUCGAGUUUGGCAUGCUUCACAGAGCUUUCAGUGUUUUCUUAUUUAACAGUGAAGGCAAGUUACUUUUACAACAGAGAGCUAAGGAAAAGAUAACGUUCCCAAACUACUUCACUAACACUUGCUGCAGUCAUCCCUUGUAUAACGAAGAAGAGCUAGAAGAACAAGAGUGCUUGGGAGUUAAGAGAGCUGCUCAGCGCCGAUUAAAUUACGAAUUAGGAAUACCUACCUCAGAAAUCCCUCUGGAUAAACUGAAAUUCUUAGCAAGAAUUCACUACAAAGCUUCUUCAGAUCAAAAAUGGGGCGAACAUGAGAUGGAUUAUGUACUUUUUGUUCAAAAAGAUGUAACUUUAAAGCCAAACUUAAACGAAGUCCAAAAGUGGGAUUAUGUGACUCAAAGUGAAGUACGUCAACUCUUAACUGAGGAAGGGAGAGAUGGAAAAUCCAGGCUUGUGACACCUUGGUUCAAACUGAUUGCCAAAAACCUGUUGUUCAAAUGGUGGGAUAAUUUGGAUAAUUUGAAGGCGUUUGAGGAUCAUAAUACUAUACAUAGGAUGUAAGAAAUACUUUUAUAAAGUCUAAGAAAAAAUCCUAUCAUUAAAAGAUAGGGUUAAACAAUCAUGUACAUGGACUACGACAGACUUACAGUAUGUAAAUGUAUUCCAAAAAUAUUCAGAAUAGCAAAUCUACGAUUUUAGGUAUUGCAAAUUACAUUAGAUUUUGGGAUGGGGGUUCUUUCCAAUGCCCCAUUUUACAGUUCCGUUCAGUGACUACCAAUAAUAGUUCUAAUUUGAGGUUGGAGUUGCCACACAUGAUAAAAAAAUAUAGUUUUUCUAUGUGUGGAAACUUGAAACUAUUAUUUAUGGUUACUGAGCAGAACUGUAAAAUUGGGUAUUCCUGACAUCAAUUCUUAUUUUAUCUUGCUAAUUUAUGCUGUUUCUACAUUGCACCUGUAUCGUAUGCUUAUCUUCUAACUUGUACACAAAAAGGAACAUUUACUUUUAAUAAUAACACAUACAUGUAUAUAUAUUUAAGGAUUGAAAAGGUUGAUAAAGAUGAAACUAGUUUCCAUAAACAAUUUUGAACCUUGUAUCAUGAAACUUUUACAACUACAGCAGAACUCUAUCAGCCCAGAGGUGCUUUCAGGGUAUCGAUAAAAUUUGAAGGUUUUUCAAUAACAUGCUCUCAGAAAUACCUCCAUGAUGUUAAAUAUUUAAUCGAGAGUGUUUAAUUAAUAUACACAUGAUGAAUAUGAAUACAUUAGUUCACACCUG